AUGGAGAUCGAGAAUCUGGAUCUCGCAAUUGUCGGAGCAGGAUGGCACGGCUUGGGUAUGGCAAAGACAUACUCCGAGGCCUACCCAGAAGCGCGCAUCGCCAUCUUCGACUCUGGAAAGUCUGUUGGUGGAGUGUGGGCCAAAGAGCGCCUUUAUCCUGGAUUGAAGACCAAUAAUCUUGUUGGGUCAUACGAGUUUGGCGACUUCCCUAUGGCCCUUGACCGCUUCGGAUUACAACGUGGUCAACAUAUCCCUGGCGCGGUGGUUCAUGAGUACCUUCGACAGUUUGCAGAGGAGUUCAACUUGACAUCGCGCUUGAUAUUCAAUACCAAGGUUGUGUCCGCAGAGCUGUUGGAAGAUGGAGAGUGGGGCUUGCAGGUCUCGGAUGUGAACAACGAGUCGUCAGGAACAAUAAAAAUCAGAACAAAGAAGUUGGUUGUUGCGACUGGCCUGACCUCCAAGCCCAAUAUACCCACCUUUCCUGGCCGAGCCGAAUAUCAGGGUAAUGUGUUCCAUUCUAUCCACUUGAGAGACCGAGCAAAGGACAUUGAAGCUGCUAAAGAAGUGGUUGUACUGGGCGCAAACAAGUCAGCAUGGGACACCUGCUAUUCGGCAGCAGUAUCAGGUGCACAUGUGAAUAUGGUGGUCAGACCUGGAGGUGGAGGCCCGAGUUGGGUGUGGCCUGUCACUUUCUCCCCAUUCCAGCUGUCCAUCCAACAAAUUGCAACGACGCGCUUAUGGACGUUAUUCGAGCCCACUAUCUGGAAUGGAGAAGCUAGUGGGUUCUCAUGGGCGCGAUAUUUACUUCACAGCACGUCGCUUGGUCGGAAGUUUGUGUCUAUGUUCUGGAAAGCCCUGGAUAAGAUUGUCCAUCGUGCUAAUGGCUACGACAAUCAUCCCGAGCUACAAAAGCUGAAGCCAUGGAGCACGACUUUCUGGAUGGGUAAUUCCUUGGGCAUUCAUAACUACCAACAGAAUUGGUUCGAUCUUGUAAGGAAGGGGCGAAUCCAUAUCCACGUCGCAGACGUUACUUCUUUGUCUGGAAAAGGGGUUCACUUGUCGAACGGCGCAGUCGUCAAUGCAGACACAUUUGUCUGUUGCACUGGAUGGGAGGUUCUGCCCCCGAUCAAAUUCAUACCGGAGACUCUGACUGAUGAACUUGGGUUGCCGUCGUCCGCCAUCCAACCCAGCGAGGUUCAAGUUCAGCAUGCUCGAGCACAAAUCCUCGAGGCUGCGCCGAGUCUACGCGCUGGGCCACGAAAGGUUCUUCCAAAGUCGGCAGCGGCACCAAUUCGAGUUCAUGAACACAAAAACGGCGCAGAAUCGACGCGAUCGAAUUACCAACUGUAUCGAUUCUUGGUUCCUUCAAGCGCGAAAUUCUUCAAACACCGCAACAUUGCAUUUAUUGGUUCGCACCUCGCCCUGAAUGCGAUAACAGUGGCACAGGCACAGGCAUUGUGGAUCACCGCAUUCUUCAACGACAAGGUCGAGAGUCUCAGACAUUCGAACAUUGAUCAUGCAGAUGUCGAGUACGAAACCAUCUUGCACACCGAAUAUGCACGGCUUCGACAUCCCGGGGCAGGAAGUGGAGCAGGAGAAAGAUGUCCAGAUCUCGUUUUCGAUGGGCUGUUGUACACGGAUUCGUUACUGCGAGACUUGGGGCUUGAGGCGCAUAGGAAGAAGUCUUGGUGGAAGGAACUGGUGCAAAGAUACCUGCCUGGUGAUUAUCGAGGAUUGGUCGCAGAGUGGAAGCGCAAGAAUAUUAUUCAUUAA